UAAAGACCACAACCUCAGAGAAAACAAGGACAAGUUAAAAGAAUCUCAAAUACUACUUUGAAGAGCAUAAAGUUAAACUGAGGCCAUGGCUUUGGUAGUAGAGAGAGCUAUGGUUUUGUUGAUGGUGAUGGCAGUGGCAACGGUGAAGGUGUCAUAUGGAGCUGUCUACAAGGUUGGGGACUCUGCUGGUUGGACUACCCUUGGCAACAUAGACUACAGAAAGUGGUCUGCUCCCAAGAACUUCCAAAUUGGUGACACUAUCAUAUUUGAGUACAAUGCGAAAUUCCACAAUGUGAUGAGAGUAACGCAUGCAAUGUACAAGACAUGCAACACAUCAUCCCCAAUAGCAACAUUCACAACUGGCAAUGACACUAUUAAGAUAACCAAUUAUGGUCACCACUUCUUCUUCUGUGGAGUCCCUGGUCACUGCCAAGCAGGCCAGAAGGUUGAUAUUAACGUGCUCAAGGUCUCCGCGGGUGCGCCUGAACCCUCAGCUUUGGCCUCCCCUGCAGUCUCUACCGGUGGUAGUGUACCAGCACCUUCCCCUAGCAAUGCUGAUGCCCCAUUCAUUGCUCUAAAGGGACCAUUUGGAAUCAUCAUGGGUUUGGGCAUGGUACUCUUUGCACUUGCUUAACAAGGAAUAGUGUUUUUUAGCUUUGGAUUGUGGGACUUUUUGGAGUCUCUAUAAUUCCUUUGCCUAGAUCCUAGGCACGUUUAUACUUUUUUGAAUGACAGCGAAAACAUAUAUAGUAGCUAAUUAGCCAUGUUAAAUACAAUGUAUUUUCCCUUUACAUGUAGCUUGAAAUAAACAAAGGUAUUGUGAACAUCUGAAGUUUCUCCCUUAUAACACAA